AUGGACGGCGGUGGUAUUAGAUUCGGCGCGGAACCGGAGGAAGGAGAAGAGGGGGGGCUUCCCAAACGGCAGCAAGGAGAGCGUCGCGAUCUCAAAGGGUUAAAACAGAGGGUCGUGGUUGGCAUGUCUGGAGGGGUGGAUUCCUCGGUUGUGGCCAUGCUGCUGCAUCAACAGGGCUACGAAGUCGUGGGUGUGUUCAUGCGCAACUGGGACGAACAGGAUGAGACCGGGAGCGACGUUUGCGCGGCUGACACUGACCUAGAGGACGCCCGAAGAGUGGGAUACCACCUCGGCAUCCCGGUGAAAACGGUGGACUUUUCUCGGGAGUACUGGAACGAGGUCUUUGAGCCAUCUCUCCAGGAGCUUGAUAGGUGUCGCACGCCGAACAUGGACGUGGCGUGCAACCGCUUCAUCAAGUUCGACGCUUUCAGGGAGCACGCGCUGGGCAGGAUGUCGGCCGACUUCGUGGCCACCGGCCACUACGCCAGGACGGCACCGGGUCCCGGCGGGGAUUGGUCCAGGCCGGUGUUGAGACAGGCGGAGGACGGAAACAAGGACCAGACGUACUUCUUGUCCGGCGUGCCUAGCGAGGGGCUUGCCAAGGUUUUGUUCCCCUUGGGAGGCCUCACGAAGCCCGAGGUUCGCCGCCUUGCCGAAGAAGGCGGCCUUCCGGUAGCCCGGAAGCGGGAGUCGAUGGGCGUGUGCUUCGUGGGCAAGCGCCGGAGCUGGGCGAGCUUCAUAUCUCAGUACCUCACCCCGAGCCCAGGAAACUUCGUGUGCGUAGACACCGGAGAGGUCGUGGGCCGGCACGGCGGCGUGCAGCUCUACACAGUAGGGCAAAAGUCGCACUUGGACGGCAUGCCCGAGAAGUACUACGUGGCCGGGCUAGACUCCGACAGCAACUCCGUCUACGUGGCGAGGGGGGCAGAUAACCCUUCCCUCUUCGCCCGGGGCUUGUCCGUGCUAGCAUCGAAGUUUAGCUGGGUGGCGGGCUGCCCCCCCCCGGAGCUAUUGUCCGGAAGCGGAAGCCAUCCCUCAGCACCCUCGAGACGAGAAGCAACUAAGGCAGGUGGCGGGCCAGCGGGAGUAGAAGCACCGGUACCGACGAAAGAACGGCAACCGGCAGCACCAGGAGGAGAACCGAUCGACGCGGGCGAAAUGGAGGGGCCGCCUCCUGUCUUGCGGUGCGAGUACCGGAGUCGCCACAGGCAAGCCCUCCUCCCUUGUGGCGUGGAGCUGCUUGGCGGCGGUGGGAGCGGGGCUUCGGUACCUCGCCCCGUCGUGCACGUGCGCUUCGAUGAGCCGGCGAAAGCGAUCGCGCCCGGCCAGGUAGUGGCCCUGUACAAGGAAGGCAUUUGCCUGGGGGGCGGUCCCAUAUUGCGGGCGGAAGGGAACUGCUCCCCAGCGCUUGUUCGAUCAAUGCGGCCGCCGUCGUCGCGACCCGCUGCGACAAAAAAUUGUCAUGCAAAAAUGUAG